GCCCUGCCAGAUUCCACCAAUCAAUGGGUCUGCUGCUCUGCGAUUUGCCUGGAAGGACAGCUUCCUACAUAAAGAGUGAGGGUCGGGGACUAGCGAGAGCCACAAGGAGAAGCCAGCUUCAUCCAGGCAGGCAGGCAAGCAGGCAGGACCCGCGCUCAGGGGCUAGCACAACGAACUAGAAGAAAGAAGGAAGAAAGAAAGAAAGAAAAGAAAACAGAAAUGGCCAUCAUGUUUCAGACAAGAAUUGCAGCUCGAAUCCAAUGGGGGGUCCUGUUCAUUGCUUUCUGCUUUCAAAUUCUAACAGCUAGUGGAGCUCAGAAGCUGGAAGCUCUCCCUGAGGGCAGCGGGGCCCUGAUUAACCACUCCCUGAUGCUGGUGCAGCGGCUGGAGGCUCUGCUGGCUCACGGGAACGGCAGCGACGUGGCCCUGCGCGUGCAGACGCUGCACUCGGACGAGGUGAAGGUGUUCCAGGCACACUCGCUGGUGCUCUCCCUGCAGAGUGAGGUCUUCGAGGGGCUGCUGCAGCACCGCAACGCUAGCGGACUGAUCCUGAGAGAGACAGCCGACUGCGCCGCGGUCUUUGACAAGUUCAUCAGGUAUCUGUACUGUGGGGAGAUCACAGUCCUGCUGGAGCAAGCCAUCCCACUUCACAAGCUGGCUAGUAAAUACCGCGUGUCUACUCUGCAGGAGGGGCUGAGUCACUACAUGACCCAACACCUGGCCAGCGACUCCCCGCAGGGCCACGUGGUCAGCUGGUACGACUAUGCCAUGCGUAUCGGGGACGUGGGGCUGAGGGACAGCUGCCUGCAGUACCUGUCCUGGAAUGUGUCCUCGGUCUUCCAGAGCGGGGAGUGGGGGGCGGUGAGCGAUGACCUGUUGCUCUCCCUGCUCCAGCGCUCCGACCUGAUCCUGCAGAGCGAGCUGGAGCUCUUUGGGGCGCUGGAGAGCUGGAUCGGGCGCAACCAGCUCGGGGGGACGACCAUCGAGCGCGCGCUGCGGUCGGUGCGCUACACCAUGAUCCCCCCAGGGCAACUCUUCCGCUUGCAGAAGGAGUCCCCUGUCCUGCUCAAGUACCACGAGUCGGUCCGGGACCUGCUCUUCAUGGCUUUCCAGUUCCACUCGGCCUCCCCUCUCCAGUUUGCCAAGUAUUUCGACGUUAACUGCAGCCUCUUCACGCCCCGGAACUACCUCUCUCCAGCCUGGGGCUCCCCCUGGCUCAUUAACAACCCCACCAGGGACGACCGCAGCACCAGCUUCCAGACCCAGCUGGGCCCCAGCAGCCACGAUUCUGCCAAAAAAGUCACGUGGAACGCCUUGUUCUCCCCGCGCUGGCUGCCCGUGAGCCUGCGGCCGAUGUACACAGAGCACGGGGCGAUGCAGGCGGUGAGGGCGGCGGAAGGGCGCCCCCGGAUCAUCGUCACCCCGGCCACGUCCAGCGUGGACUUCGCUGGUGUCAGCUUCCAGAAGACGGUGAUCGUGGCGGCGCGCCAGCAGGGCAAGGUGGUGGUACGCCACGUCUUCAACUUCCACCAGAGCACGGAGGAGAGCGGCGACUUCCUGGCGCAGGCUGACCUGCAGCGACGAGACUCCGAGUACCUCAUCGAGGGCGCCAUGCACCUGCACAUCGUCAUCAAGUCCAUCUACCACUCCCUCAUCAAGGCCAAGAAGUGAUCCCUGCCUCCCCCUGCUCCUCCCCUCACACACUCACCCAUGCUAUCCUAGCCCCUUUUAAAGAGCCAUUGAACUGCCAUCCUUGGACCAAUAUAUUGCCAUAAUGGUUUUCAAUACCAACUGUCAUUUGAAUUUCUGGAUUUUUGAACAAGGGAGAAUAACCAUCCCUUAUAAAAGUCUCCCACAGUAAAAGCAUAGCAAAGUGUGAUAAAGCACAGUGAGAGUAUGGUAAAGGACAAUUAAGCAUUGUAAAGAAUAGCGAGGUAUGGCACAGCAUACUAAUAAACAUGGCAAACCAGAGUAAAGCAAAUGCAUAGUAUAACCACUGGAAAAGCAUUGCAAAACUGCAAAAAUACUGUGCCCAAAAUACCAUGGUAAACGUUUAUAAGGGAUUCUCCAGUUUGAUAUUUAGUCUAACAAUGUGGUAUUAUUAUUAUUAUUAUUAUUAUUAUUAUUAUUAUUAUUAUUAUUAUUAUUAUUAUUAUUAUUAUCAUUGUAUGUUAACCCUUUAUCUGCUCCUCAGGGAAGAGCUCAGUCUGCAGUGUGCUGCUUUGUGCUGUUAAUAAAUGUGUCUCCAGAUCUCAGCACCUGUUUUCACACGUCAUGCAGAAGAGUCGGUGCCCUCUGCAGUGCUGGCCCAUGACAAACAGGGCCAAGUCAGCUGCUGCUCCCACCUAUUGAUGAAGUAGUCUUUUAAAAAUUACGAUUUGGAGUAAACCGAUUUGAGAACGUGUGUGUUAUUUUUAAAAGCCACAAUGGGACAUUAGCCCCAAGACUUCCCUGCUUCCUUAAGGUGUCUGCGCAGGUCAGCACUGGCUAUACGCUGCACUUGCCCUGUGUGCUCGCUUUACAAGUAAACGCUGCCAUCUAGUGUUCAGUGUGAAGCAUUACUGGUACAUCUCUGUUUCCUCUCAUAGGACAAUUAUACACUUGUCCCCCAUUGAUAAAAACGGGAAGCUCAGGUUGUUAUACAGUUACACUCAAGUCACAACAUUUUCAGAUUAAAAAAAACCAAAAAAAAACCAAUUGUUUACUUGUUAAUCAUCAUUUUAUUCAACCACAAAUCCUAAUGGAUACCAAACAAAUUAUUUUGACUUUAAAAAGGCUCUCAAGGCAAACAACAUUUAAAAUAGCUUGCAUUAUAAUUUGAUAAAGGUUUUGUACGGUAUAGGAUACCAAAUCAUGUUUGAUAAUUUUGCUAAAUUAUCAAACACGUAAUGAGUGCAAAACCAAGGCUCGUUUUUGGCAGUUGUUUAAGAGAAUACUGUAUACAUGUUCUAUAACUAUAACUGUUUGAGUCUGAACUACCAUCCAGCCUGUUCCAAUCUCAGGGUUUGCUGUAAUCACACACACACAGGAUACGCACAGACACAAACACGUGAUUCGCUCUGCUACAGGCCAGUAUGUAAACAGCAGACUGCAAAUUGAACCAAACCAUCACCCAAAAAAAGGAAAGCUAGAAUAAAAACUUUACAAUAAACUUUAAAAUAAAAAUAAAGAAUUGC